AUGGACGUGGCAAAUAUGAAAGUUGCCGAGCUACGCUGCGAGCUCGAGAGAAGAGGCCUCGAUACCACGGGGAAAAAGCAGGAGUUACAGGAGAGACUUCAGAAAGCGCUUGAGCAGGAGGCGCACGGAGAAACUUCCGCAGCAGAAGCAGUGCCUUCGAAAGGCGACAAAGAGGCCGAGGCGGAGUCUGCUGAGCAUGGCACCAGACCAGAACGUGGAGAUCAGCAAAGUGCUUCGAACCAGGAGCAGGGCGCUCUGGAGGCGGGCGCAGAGGACACAGGAACCGGGAACCUCGACACUACGAGUGCGCCAAGAGCAUCAGCGCCCGCACCGGAAAACUCCUCUUCACCUGAGAAGGAAACAAGAAAACUUACGGACGAAGAACUUGAGCAGUUUCUCACGCCCGCCGAGCGAGAGGAAGUUGCGAAAACCAUGGCGCGAGCUGCUCGGUUUGGGGUGCCCUAUGGGGGUCUGCCGGCGGAGCUCCGGCGCGCCGCUCUCAACCGGUACCGCAAACGAAGGCGUUUCGAGAAAGCACUAGAGAAACACGGAGGCCUCGUCCCGGUUGAUGAGGCGGAAGAGGAACGGCGGCGGAAACGCAUGGAACGUUUCGGCCUGUCCAAGCCAGUACUUGAACUCGAAGCGGAGGAACGCGAGCGGAAGCGUUAUGAGAACAAGCCGGAAAAGACCAGAUAG